AUGCCUGGUACCCGAGGCGUGAGGCACAGUGGCCAAGUUGAAGCCAUGAGGCCUUGCCUGAGCGUUUUCUUGCUCCUAAUCCUCAGGGUCAAAGGGUCAUCAAAGAGCAACGUUCUCGAGAUUGAUGAUGUCGAAUUUAUCCAUGAGUGUGUGGAGAUGCACAAUUUGCUUCGGACACGGCUUACCCCGCCGGCAGCCAAUGUCCAGUUCAUAACUUGGGAUGAGGGUUUGGCAAAGACUGCCAGAGCCUGGGCAAAGAAAUGUGUUCCUGAAGGUAAUAUUCAUUUAGAAGAAAUGAGAAAAUCUCAUCCUGUUUUUAGUGGCCUUGGUGAAAAUAUGUGGACUGGGCCUGAUAAUGAAUAUUCCGCAACUAUUGCUAUCAAAGCUUGGUUCAGUGAAGCCAAGUUCUACAAUUAUGAAAAUAAUUCAUGUUCAGGCAUCUGUUCUCAUUAUAUUCAGUACGGUGGAAAUCCUAUGAGAAGGCCCUAUAAAGCAGGAAGAUUUUGUACCCAAUGUAACGAGGGAGAUGAAUGCCGGGAUAUGCUAUGCAGUAAGAUUAAGGCAAUAAGUUGA